AAAGAGUUAAUAUAUUAUUUAAUUUAUUAUUCCCACCAAUGUUUUUGUCUUGCAGCAUAGUGUUUGUGUUUGUGUUGCAGACGAGGAGGACCCCAUCUCCGAUAUUUCAUUUUUCUCGAGCGGAAGAUUUCUUAGUUCACUUCACUUUCUUCUCUUACCACUUCUUCACUCUCCACUUCCCAACUAUUUUCAUCAAAAUCCACCCUUUCAAGUUUCGAUUUCUGGGUUUUCUUAGUUUCAAGGUUUUGGUUCUUUUGGUGUUGUUAGAGAUGGGGUUGUUGGGUGGUGGUAAUGGUGAAGUAGUGGAGUCUUGGGAUGUGUGUAAAUCAAAGGGGGUGAAGAAGAGGAAGAAGAAUAAGAAAGGUAAAGAGAAUGAGGGUGUUGUUAAAGAGGAAGAAACUGGGUGUUGGGUUAGGUUAUGGUUAAUUGGUAGCUGCAUUUCUUCAAGAUCCAAAGUUGAUAACUCGGUCAGCGGUACAAGUACUCAUUAUGCUGAUAGUAAAUCAACUAAUGAUACAAGUAGAGGCCAACCUACCGCUACGGUAAUCUCUUCUACAACCACUAGUAACACAGAAAGCAAUUCGUCCACUUCUAAACUUGAAGAGGAGCUUAAAAUUGCGUCCAGGCUGCGAAAAUUCUCUUUCAAUGAUCUUAAGUUGGCAACAAGAAAUUUCCGGCCUGAAAGUUUUCUCGGUGAAGGUGGGUUCGGUUGUGUUUUCAAAGGUUGGAUCGAAGAAAAUGGAACGGCUCCAGUGAAACCGGGCACAGGGCUUACUGUCGCUGUGAAAACCCUUAACCAUGAUGGACUUCAGGGUCAUAAAGAAUGGCUGGCAGAGGUAAAUUUUCUUGGUGAUCUAGUUCAUCAAAACCUUGUUAAACUCAUAGGUUACUGCAUUGAAGAUGAUCAAAGGCUGCUAGUGUAUGAGUUCAUGCCUCGUGGAAGCCUGGAAAAUCACUUAUUUAGGAGAUCCCUGCCUCUUCCAUGGUCCAUUAGGAUGAAAAUUGCACUAGGAGCUGCGAAGGGUCUUGCCUUUCUUCAUGAAGAAGCUGAACGACCAGUAAUAUACAGGGAUUUUAAAACGUCGAAUAUACUACUAGAUGCGGACUACAAUGCCAAGCUCUCGGAUUUUGGUCUCGCCAAAGAUGGUCCUGAAGGUGAUAAAACCCAUGUGUCUACUCGAGUGAUGGGAACCUAUGGUUACGCAGCACCAGAAUAUGUCAUGACAGGUCAUCUUACAUCAAAAAGUGACGUGUACAGUUUCGGAGUCGUACUACUUGAGAUGUUGUCCGGCAGAAGAUCUAUGGACAAACACCGACCCAACGGCGAGCAUAAUCUUGUCGAAUGGGCUCGACCGCAUCUAGGAGAGCGAAGAAGGUUCUACCGACUAAUAGACCCUCGUCUUGAAGGCCACUUUUCCAUAAAAGGAGCUCAGAAAGCCGCUCAACUCGCAGCUCACUGUCUCAGUAGAGAUCCAAAAGCCAGACCCCUAAUGAGUGAAGUUGUGGAAGCUUUAAAGCCUCUACCAAACCUUAAGGACAUGGCAAGCUCUUCAUACUAUUUCCAAACAAUGCAAGCCGAACGGUUCGGAGCGAGUCCAAACUCUAGAAGUGUACAUGCACAAGGACCGUUCGCCCGGAACGGUCAACAGCGAAGGACCCUUUCGAUACCGAAUGGCACUCAUGUGUCUCCUUAUCACCAUAAGUUUCCGCAACAAUCGCCUAAACCUAAUGGCAAAGCGUAGAGAUGGCGAAAAUUUUCCUUUUAUUUUUUAUCCAUAUAGAUGUAUGUACUAUGUUUCUUCAGAUUGUUUGGAAAUAUUGAAACAUUAUUUUACUUUGUUUUAAUUUUUUUCCAUUUUCACUUGGAAAUGUUAUCUUUGAUUUCUUUAGGAUUUGCUUGUGAUGUCAAACACUAUGGUUCUUUAAAUUAAUCACAAGGCUUUUGUUUAUAGAAA